UAUCCUAACAUAAUGAAUCAUGCUGCCACAAGUUCUGUUGGGAAGCGGAGGCGACCGAGGUCAGGCGCACCCGGUUGGGUGCCACGAAGAAACGCAGGCCGCGAGGGGCCGCUUUUGCCUGGAACCCGCUUCUGCCUCUCUCCCGGUCGCUCGUCUCUCACAACGCCCAGCCAUCGCCUUUCCAACCUCCACAAUCCAUCGCAAGCCCCCACAAUCAUCUCGAACCCAUCUCGAAACCGUGGGCAAAAUGCUCCUCAUAUCGAUCUAAACUCAGUUGACGAGUGUUUGAGUCUGCCCAUCACGCCUAUUUAACGUACUACCGCGUCUCCCCCUUUCGCCCAUCAUGACCACAACGCUCGAACGCAGUCUCUCUCGCACGUCGAGCAUGUCUAUACCCGUCUCCAGCCCUAGGCUAUCCCUCAUCCACGAAAGCACUCCUUCAGCCCUAACAGACCCGACCCUCUCGCAUAUCCACGACCGUUUGACCUUCUUGGACUCCCGCUUGCUUGAGCUACGCUCCAGCGUGCUGACAAAGGAUGGCUACGUUGACCGACGCAACCGCGAAGACGAACACAUCCGCCGUGAAUUUGAAGCCAACCGGACCGUUUCCAACCGUAUCGAUCUGAACGUGGUGGCCCUGAAGACGGAUUUCGACCAGUUGAAGUCGGGAAUCUCCCAGCUCAAGUCUAGCAUCGGCCAGAACGGCAACGAGACCGUCUUCCUUCGCAGCGACGUCGACCGCUUGUCCAAGAAUGUCGACCAGAUUCAGUCCGAUGUUGAACAUCUGCAGACCGACGUCUGCGGAUGUCGCGUGGAGAUCAGCAAGCUACAUGCGACCAUUAGUCAACUUCGCACAGAUUUGAUCACUCUGCAACAUGAGACAUCACGACAUCUGACUUCAGUGUUCAACAGGUUCUCUCUCAUCGAAGCCCGCAUGAAGCACUCCGAGCGGGUCCGUUUCAACUCGUUGGCCCAUACGACACAUGCCCCGAUCACGCCUGUUCCGGUUGUGGAAGAUGACGGAUCGUUGCAAUGGCCCGAAUAUUUCCCUCGCACCGUGUGGCGAUUUUGGUGUUUGAAAAAGCGGAGUCGACUUAACCGGUUGGUGCAACUGGCCGAUUUCUACCAGCUUGGAGGAUAUGAGUACUGGGGCCGCAUGCAUCAGGAGCCAUCGCUGUUUGCCAGCGAUAGCGACUCGAGCGAUUCCAGUGACUAUCCGUCCAAUCUGAGUCGGGCAGAAGCCGUUCGCUUGUACCCCGAGGCUGCACACCAGGCCUUGGCUGCUACUUUGGGGUUGGUAUAUUAUAAGAUUCGAAAUGAAGUGGGCGAAGGACCGAAUGCGGCCAUCCCUCGUCCACCCAAACGCCAGCAGGAGGAGGUUGUUUCGGCGACCUCUAGCAAGGAAAAGCCGGGCAAGAUACCCCGCCGGCCUACCGUGUCUCCGACCACUUUGAAGCGACUCGUCACUGGACCCUCUCUGGAGUCCAAGUCUUUGACUUCGGAAGAGUCGGACAAGCUUGGCUGGAACGUGCACUCGGACGUGUCCGAUGACACGAUCAGCAAGCUUCGUGGGUUUGUUUCCGAGGAAGUCGGGACCAUCCUACGAGCAUUGGAGCGGGGCCGGAUCCGGCUCAAGUCGAACCGCUCCGAGCGGACAAAUCAGUCGCCCACGGAGUCCAAAGCCAGCUCUCGCAAUGGCAAGGUCGAGGAGGAUGAGCGAACCUUGCCGAACACGAUCGCCACUGAGAUCGUGUCUUUCUCGGAUCGUGCCGAGAAGAUGGAAGACCCUGAGCUUCCAGACACCGCGUCUGAUGCUACGAGCCCGCAGACAUGAUGGAUAUUACAUUCGGACUACGCAAUGCAGCUGUGUAUCUCAUGUCGCCUCAGAAUCGCCCUGACUGCACUGCAGAGGUAUACUAUGGGAGGCCGUUCCUUGCGGCUAAUCGCGCCAUCGAUCAAUCGAGGCUGCGGAGUUGCUGAACGGCUGCCAUAGUACCAGGGGCUUGAGGCGACUACUCGCUAACAGCGAUAACAUCUGGGCCGAAGCCGCUGAUCUAGGCAGUAAGCCACUGCCGGAUAUAUCAGAUACACACAGGCCGAUGGCCUUAGGCUUCUAGCCACUUACGACGGGUGAUGCCCGACAGCAUCGGAAGGCGUCCUGUAUCUUUUGGCAUAAGGUUCAUGUGAUACCCCAUUGGAGUUAUUUGGAGUCGAUUUAGCGUAUAUAUUUUUGGAUUGAUUUGAGUGAAUUGACCGUGGUAUUGACCAAGCAUAGA